CAAUUAUAAGCUGGACAGUAAAUAAGACUCAAAAUUAUAAAUACUACGUAAAAAAGGGUUUGUGUGCCAAUUGUAUACGUAAGGGCAGCCAUAAAUUAAGUUAACAAUGGCAACGCUACCGCCGCGCAAGAACCAGACACCAACUCGAAUCUGCCAAAACAUGAAACCGCAUUUGACCCCGCUCCAAACGCUGCUCCAAAUGGGCUUCCAAAAGCAUCGAGCAGAAAAUGCGCUGGCUUCCACCGGCAAUCGAGGCGUGCAAAUUGCCUCCGAUUGGCUAUUGGCGCACGUGAACGAUGCCACUUUGGACGAGUGCUCGCCCAGGGAGUACAUUAUAUACGCGUGUCCGACGGGACCGUUUUUACAGCAACUCGAGGAGUUUUGGUCGAAAUAGCGCCAGACGUGCGGCUGGAACGGAGCCCACAACUAUGUGCCACACAUAACGCUAGUGUCGUUCUUUAAGGCACCCGACGAGUGCUCCCUGCAGCUUUCCAAGGCACUGAAGCAAGUGGUGGAUAUGACUGGUGCACUCUUGGACCGCCCCAUCAAAUUGGAGCCAUACAUGAGCCAAAACUUUAUGGGUUUCUUUGUCGCCGAUGAUGAUGCAAAUUAUUUGAAGCGUCUGGCCCUGCAAUAUGUCAAGGAGGUGUCAAAUUCAAUUAUAAGCGAUACUUACGAGCAACUGGACGCCAUUGUGGCCUGCUUCCCCUGGUGUGGAGCCGUAUCCUCUGGUACCCGCUGCAUUCCCCGCAGCAGUCGAUCUAUAUCACUCGAGCCACACGUAAAGAGCCUGCACCUGACGCUCGCCUAUCAGUUCCCGCAGACACAAUUCAAUGCACUGAAAUCACUUGUGGAAACUCUCGAUGCCAGCUGCGCAUCCAAUUGGGAGCUGCGUUUGUAUUCCCGCGAUCCACGACUCGCCACCAAACAAGUACAAAAAGUCGUGUAUCCGCAUAAUCCACAUGAAACGGACGAAUUGGAGUUGCGCAUUGGCGACUACAUCUACUUGAAUAGCGAGGGCGUUGAUAACUCCAGCGACGGUUGGGCCGAGGGCAUUUCGUGGCUAACUGGCAGCACCGGCCACCUGCCAGUGAAUUAUACGGAGCGCACCGCCGAAUCGGAUGCCUGGACUCUGCAUCGUGUCGUCCAGCUCUCGAAGAGUGUAUCAUCCUCGCUGAACUCUGCCGAGGAUCUGGACAUUGUGGACGGACGCAGCAUAUCCACGGAGCCCGAGGAGCGUCAGCGUGAGCUGCUACAGAGUACACAACAUCCCGAUAUCAUAGAAGGCUCUUCGUUUGAGGAGUCCGAACAGAGUGUCGAAAAGUACUUGCGCCAGACACUACAGCCUUGCCUGGAGUUGCCAUCGGUGCAAGUGCUCAAUAGCCAUAAUUUAUCACAUCAGCAUAAUCCACACACGCCCACAAUUGAGAUCACUGCCAAUAUGUCUUCCUGUUCGACAACCAACUCAGUAUCGAAGAACGUUGACGAGAUCAUGGUGGAGCCACCGUUGGUGCAGCCGCCACGACCAGAUGACACGCUCAGCGUUCACUCGGAUCACGAUCACUCAAUUGCGCCGAACUCGCUGGAUGCGAUGCAAAGCAGGAAUCGGAAGGUGUACAUUAUGCGACACGGCGAGCGUGUCGACUUUACCUUUGGAACUUGGAUACCCUAUUGUUUCGACGAAUUCGGCAACUAUAUGCGCAAGGAUCUAAAUAUGCCCAAGGUACUGCCACAUCGCAAAAACAGCCCAGAGGGCUGGCAGAACGAUUCGCCGCUGACAAACGUGGGUCUCUACCAGGCGCGCUUAACUGGCGAGGCUCUGCUGGAAGCGAACAUUCAAAUCGAUCACGUUUACUGCUCGCCAUCCUACCGAUGCGUGCAGACCUGUACUAGUGCAUUGGAGGGCUUGAAAAUGAGUGGUAAACACAAAAUAAGACUGGAGCCGGGCCUAUUCGAAUGGAUGGCUUGGUAUCCCAACGGUGUGCCCGAUUGGUUGAGCAACAGCGAGUUGAUUGACUCCAAGUACGAUAUUGAUUUGAGCUAUGAGCCAGUGCAGCCGGCCACUGAGUUGACAGGCAAGCUGAAGGAAUCCACAGAGCAGUUUUACAUGCGCAACCAUGAGGUCCUCUUGCAGAUGCUUGAGCGCACCACUGGCAAUAUUCUGGUUGUGGCACAUGCCACCACGCUGGACACUUGUUCGCGUCAAUUGACUGGCGGCGCUGCACGCAGCACCAACGAGUUGCGGCAGGUUAUCCACAAGAUACCCUACUGCAGUCUAGCCACGGUGGAACAGAUCGAUGGCGUCUGGAAGCUGGUCGAACCCGACUGUCUGCCGGUAACGCACUCGAAAAACCCACGCUUCGAGUGGAAUGCGCUGUCGGCCACCUAGUGCCCGUGCUUGGAGCAGUUUCUCUGCACGCACUGAGACUGAUGAUAUUUAAGACAAUUAUUGCAAUUACACAUGACCAAACACAUAAGAAACACACACAUCUACAAAAGCAAAAGAGAACAUUCUUCAGUUUGUUAAGUUUAUUGCGCUUGCAACAUUGUUUUCAUUUGAUGUUAUUUUUUUUAUAUAUUCAUCACACAAAUAUGCAACAUAAUACUAAUGACUGCUGAAAUUUUCAUACGUUUUAUAUACGAUGAUGCUGCAAAUGUAUACGCCAACAUAAAAUACGUACUAAACAAUUAGCCACGCACUUCUAGCCAUAUAUAUAUAUAUAUAUAUAUAUAUAUUAUUAGCAACUGUUCGCUGCUUAAACCUUAAUUUACUUUAGCUUGGCCCGUUGGCUUGAUAAUGCUUAGCGUAGCUCAGUUUUAAUUAGCUAUAUCUUAAAAGAGAAUCCCAGAGGCACCUAGGUAUAGGCAUAUAAACCUGUGUACGGCAAAUUAAUUUGCUCAUAAAAAUUUAAUUUGCUUUAGAAGUAAAUCGUAAAAAUAUAUAAUAACGCACAUCUAUUAAAAACAAAAAAACAAUAAAAGAAAAUUACAUUUAACAAAUAAAAAUGGAAU